AUGUCCACUACUCCAGAAUCUAUCUUCCUCACUGGCGCAACAGGAUACGUUGGCUCUGCUCUUCUGCCUAUCUUCCGCGAGGCCUUCCCACAAACGCCAAUCACUGUUCUCGUCCGCCAAGCGACUCAGGGGGAACUCAUCACAGCUGCCUAUCCGAACACCACGUUCGUUCAAGGCACACAUGACUCGACGUCUCUCCUGAAAACCACCGCCGCCACCUCGCACAUCGUAGUCCACGCCUCAGACUUCGACCACGCAGGAGCAACACAAGCCCUUCUACCUGGCACAAUCGCUCGCCAGCGCGCCGGCACGCAGCCACAAGGCAUCUACAUCGGGAUCUCAGGCGCCGCAUCAACAGUAGAGAUCAAUGGAGAACUCGGCGAACUCUCACCCAAAACCUACUCGGACACCACCAACUGGGACGAAAUCCUCGACUUCCCCUCUUCCCGCCCACACGUCGAAAUCGAGCGCCAGGUCACGCGUGACAGCGAAGCUGCCGGCGUCCGCGCCGUGGUGCUCGCCCCACCAGAGAUCUUGCACUCGGGACUGGGGAUUGGGAAGAAAGACAGCCAUGCGCAUUACCACAUCAACCGGGCGCUGGACGCUGGAAAAGGGCAAGUUCUCGGAAAGGGGAAGAAUCGAACGAGUUGGAUUCAUGUGGAGGAUUUGGGGGAGGCGGUCGUGUGGUUCAUCCAUGAGGCUAUGAAGGAAGAGAUGCGGGUGGAGUUUGGGAUGAGAGGGUAUUAUCUCGCUGAGGCGGGGGAGAUGUCGAUGUUGGAAAGGGUGGGGGUUUGGGCGGAUGAGUUGGUGAGGUUGGGCGCGAUUGGGUCGAGGGAUGUUGAGGAGGGGAGGGCUGGGGAGGUGGAGUGGGAUGAGAAGCAGAGGUUUGUUUUGGGCGGGAAUAUGAGGGUGAGAGGGGAGAGGUUGAGGGAGUUGGGGUGGAGGCCGAGGAUGACGGAGUGGGAGGGGUCGUUUAGGGGCGCUGCGAGACAGGAGGUGGAAAAGUGGAAGGGGCUGAAAAAUGUGAGGUAA